AUGUUGUUCGUCUACUUGCUCGGUUGGGCCAAGGCCUUCGGUCUAGCCUUGGCCACGUCCACGAUUUCUUCAGAGCACUCAGUUACUGAGAGCUCGCACGCUGUCUUCCCACGAGACACUUCCGACAUGAUCUACGGCGAGACGCCGACCUGUUCGGAAGAAUGCAUGGCGACGCGCGAUGCUGCAGAGGCUCUGAACCGCAAAGCAGAGAGUGCCACGACCAGCCAAACUCAUCCGGAGCCAUCGCAUAUUCUAGAGGCUAUGGGGAUUCUGGAUGUUCAAGGCGGCGUCGACGACCUCGAGGCCCUUUCCUCACGCGCCGACAUCACAUCCUCGCCUCACUCAAAUGUCCCGACAGAUCCUGUAGGUCCAAAUGUUCGAAUGGGCGAUAAAGUGGCUUUCUCGCUGGAUUUUACCGGAUCCAUGCCUACGCAAGAUCUAUUCGACACAUCAAGCCAGUUACCCAGUAUAGACCUUGGUGGACUUCCUCCGUUCGAACUGGACACAACUGUGACCAUAUCGCACACCGGUCAUCCCUGGCGAAGCAACAUGCCUGGUUUCAAUCCAGGUACACCUCUGACGACGGCACAGUUUUCGUCGGAACCUCCAUCGUCAUCUACUUCGCCGCCAUCAGCAAGCACCUCAGCAAAUCCACCAUCCGGCACACCCCUCUCCAAGGCCGAAACAAUCGGUGUUGUCGUGGCGGUCCUGGGCCUACUACUCGUCGCCAUGACUCUCAGGCUCCUGUACUGCCGGUUUGUCUUCCCCCGCCGCAACCAAGCGUCCCCCCAGCCUCCUGACUUGCAGUUAGUAGGAUUCCCGUAUCCAACUCCUCUUCUCUCACCGGGGUAUUCCCCGGUGAGAAGCUGGAGAGACAGCCAGAGGUUGCAGACAACAACGCCAAGGCACGGUACUACGAGUACGGAGAAUAUAAGCAGUGACGAGCGUGAUCACGCGGCGUCUGCUGGGGCCCAGAACGACCUGACACGUAGUGAGGUUGGACAACCGCGUACGUGUGCGCCUGAGGAGUACCGCGUUUCGCCAUUAGGCUCUUCGGCAGGGAGGAAGAGCAGGAGUACGAUUGAGAGUAUUCUAUCUGCAUACACGCCGAGUCGAUACAGUGAGCUUAAUACGGAAAAUAACGAGACUGGAGCUACUAAGAGGGUGGCCUCGUAG